ACCACUGGCUAUGAUAAGGAGAGUGUGGGACUGUGCUGAGUUUAACUAUGUGUAUGUCAUGAUCAGACAUAUGGACAGCUGUAGGAGGGAGAUCCACUGGUAGAAGUGAUCUGGAACUAGAUGAAAAUACGGUUGGAACACCUCCCUUAGAUUUUUGGAUUUAUGCAUAAGGUAGCUGAUUUGUUGAUUCUGCUGGAUCAUGAAUGGCAAACAAAUGAAGAAGUAUAGAUCCAGGUGUAAAGGCCUUGUCCUAGGUACACUUGUGGCCAGCUGCGUGAUCCUGCUUUACUGCCUCUCCACCCCACAGAUCCACUUCAGUCUACCUGAGGUUCCAGUGCCUUACUCCUGUGCCCACCAUCCAUCCCAGCUUCGUUCCAAACCAACCACAAACAGCUCACAGCAAACCACUGGUCAAACAUGCACUCCUAAAGUGGAUAUCAUGUUCAUGAAGACCCAUAAAACAGCCAGCAGCACCUUCCUCAACAUCCUUUUCCGCUUUGGAGAGAAACACCAGCUUAAAUUUGCGUUUCCUAACAGCCGAAAUGACUUUUCCUAUCCCUCUCUCUUUGAGCGCUCCCACGUAAAAGACUAUAGACCUGGAAUGUGCUUCAAUAUUAUCUGUAAUCACAUGCGAUUCAAUGCACCAGAGGUGGCCAAGUUACUCCCUAUGGACACUUCCUACAUUACUAUUCUGCGAGACCCUGCAGAGCUCUUUGAAUCAUCUUUCCACUAUUUUGGCCGGCUGGUGCCUUUUACCUGGAAGAUACCAAGUGAUUACAAGCUGACCGAGUUUCUGCGUGACCCCCAUUUCUACUUUGAUCCAGAGGGCUUUAACUCUUUCUACCUCAAGAACCUGCUGUUCUUUGACUUUGGGCAGGACAACACUCUGGAGCUGAAUGAUCCACGGGUAGAAGAGGGAAUCAAAUUCAUCACUGACCAUUUUCAGUUGGUCAUGUUGGUGGAAUAUUUUGAAGAAUCACUCAUCCUGCUCAAGGAUGCACUCUGCUGGGAAAUGGAUGACUUGCUCUUCUUCAAGCACAAUGCUCGAAAGGGAUCCACCGUGUCUAAGCUUACCCCUGAGCUAAGGGCAAGGGCCCUUGAGUGGAAUGCUAUUGAUUGGAAACUAUAUCAGCAUUUCAACCAGACUUUUUGGAAGAAAGUAGAUGCAUAUGGACUGCAGCGGCUGGCUGAGGAUGUAGCAGAACUCAGGAGAAGAAACGCAGAGAUGGCAUCCAUCUGCAUAGAAGGGGGUGGUUCUGUGGAAACUGGCAGCAUCCAAGAGAAAGUCAUGAAGCCCUGGCAACCCAUUGGAGAGAAGUCAAUCAUGGGCUAUAACCUGAAGAAGAAUGUGGACAAGGUACAUCGGAAACUGUGCCGUAAGAUGUUGAUGCCUGAGCUUCAGUAUUUAACAGAGCUUGGGGUGAACCUGUGGCUCACCAAGCUGUGGGGCCAUGUCCGAGAUAUCAUUAACUGGUGACCAAGUGUGUGAGCAAGAGGGGCCAAUUCAACUCUGAAAGACUGUAUUCAAAGAAGACAAAACUGACUGUGUGGCUGAUGGAGCUAGAGGUUAAACAUUUUUGUCUCAUUUCUUGUCUCAUUUUGUUGAAAAGGAACCCGAUUUGCAUUUCAUAUAGUGGUGCACUGUACUGAGAUCAGAGUGCAGAGUCAUUUUUCAGUCUGUCGCUCUCAUACACAAGAUAGGUCCACUAUGAGUUAGCUACAGUCAGCUAAGGUUAUUUAACAUAGUCAGUAAAGUGAGAGCUAAACAACUGAAGAAACAUUUAGCCAAAGAAACCAAGAAUGUAUGCAGGUAGACAUAACACCUCCCUGCCAAAAUGACACCCCCGUCCCAACAUUCAACACGACGUGAUGUACCUUCAUGUUUGUGAGUCAAUAUUGCGAGAGGUGAAGUAAACAGAAAAGUUCAGAACAUUCAGAAUACCUUUGAUUGGAAAAUAUGCCAUUCCGGCCAAAAUGUUCAGGUUAUUUGAAGAUGUCGAAAGAAUGAUAGUUCACUUUGAGCUAAAUAGCGUCCACCUCUUUAGUGUUCAUCCCAGAAAGCUGAAACAUUUAAGUGCUAUGAAAGUGAAUCCUCACAAAUGGCUAAACUGGAGGUGUGAUUAAAGUAAAUGCAAAUAUUACACCCACUUUACUACAUAUAGAGGACAAAUUAGGUUCUAAUAAAAAAUAAAUAAAUAAAUAAAUAAAUUGGUGAGCAAAUACAAAGCUUUCUAAUACUAGACAUUUUCACUU